AUGCCAGCUGGGUUUCGUGCUUCUCGGAGAACAAACCGGGCCACGCAGCUCCCCGCGCCACCCGACUUGGCUGAAGAUCCCCGCUGCCUCCCUCCGGGGCCCCGGGGCUGGACCUGCCCCGCUGGGAACGCCACGGGGUCCCGGGCACUCGGGGGGCUGGGGCAGGGCGGGACUCGCAUCGUGCUGAGGGCUCCGGGGCUCAGCCGCAGUUCCGGGCCGAGCACCCCGCCGGAGUUCGGCAGCGGGUCCCAGCCCCGGGCAGGCGGGGAGGAUGGUGCUGAUGAUGACGAUGAUGAUGAUGCUCAGCGGGGGAUGAAGCUCCCGCCGCGGCUGCAGGCUCCCCCUGGCGGCCCCGCCCCGCCCCGAGCCGGGCAGGGAUGGCGUCUCCCAUCAGCAGCAUUCCCAUCAGCAGCACUCCCAUCAACAGCAUUCCCGUCAGCAGCAUCCCACACCGACUGCAUCCCCACCGACAGCAUCCCACACCGACAGCAUCCGCACCGACAGCAUCCCCACCGACAGCAUCCCACACCGACAGCAUCCCACACCAACAGCAUCCCCACCGACAGCAUCCCCACCGACAGCAUCCUGAACCGACAGCAUCCCCACCGACAGCAUCCCGCACCGACAGCAUCCCCACCGACAGCAUCCUCACCGACAGCAUCCGCACCGACAGCAUCCCCACCGACAGCAUCCCCACCGACAGCAUCCCGCACCGACAGCAUCCGCACCGACAGCAUCCUCACCGACAGCAUCCGCACCGACAGCAUCCGCACCGACAGCAUCCCCAUCCGCACCGACAGCAUCCCGCACCGACAGCAUCCGCACCGACAGCAUCCUGAACCGACAGCAUCCGCACCGACAGCAUCCCGCACCGACAGCAUCCGCACCGACAGCAUCCUGAACCGACAGCAUCCGCACCGACAGCAUCCCACACCGACAGCAUCCCCACCGACAGCAUCCCACACCGACAGCAUCCCCACCGACAGCAUCCUGAACCGACAGCAUCCCCACCGACAGCAUCCGCACCGACAGCAUCCCGCACCGACAGCAUCCCCACCGACAGCAUCCGCACCGACAGCAUCCGCACCGAGAGCAUCCCCACCGACAGCAUCCCGCACCGACAGCAUCCGCACCGACAGCAUCCCCACCGACAGCAUCCUGAACCGACAGCAUCCCGCACCGACAGCAUCCCGCACCGACAGCAUCCCCACCGACAGCAUCCUGAACCGACAGCAUCCUGAACCGACAGCAUCCGCACCGACAGCAUCCGCACCGACAGCAUCCCACACCGACAGCAUCCCACACCGACAGCAUCCAUACCGACAGCAUCCUGAACCGACAGCAUCCCGCACCGACAGCAUCCAUACCGACAGCAUCCCGCACCGACAGCAUCCGCACCGACACCAUCCCCACCGACAGCAUCCCCACCGACAGCAUCCCACACCGACAGCAUCCCACACCGACAGCAUCCGCACCGACAGCAUCCGCACCGACAGCAUCCCUACCCGCACCGACAGCAUCCCCACCGACAGCAUCCGCACCGACAGCAUCCGCACCGAGAGCAUCCCGCACCGACAGCAUCCCCACCGACAGCAUCCUGAACCGACAGCAUCCCGCACCGACAGCAUCCCCACCGACAGCAUCCGCACCGACAGCAUCCUGAACCGACAGCAUCCCCACCGACAGCAUCCUGCACCGACAGCAUCCCCACCGACAGCAUCCCCACCGACAGCAUCCCGCACCGACAGCAUCCGCACCGACAGCAUCCUGAACCGACACAUCCGCACCGACAGCAUCCGCACCGACAGCAUCCGCACCGACAGCAUCCCCACCGACAGCAUCCGCACCGACAGCAUCCCCACCGACAGCAUCCCACACCGACACAUCCGGACCGACAGCAUCCCCACCUACAGCAUCCGCACCGAGAGCAUCCCACACCGACAGCAUCCGCACCGACAGCAUCUGCACCGACAGCAUCCCGCACCGAGAGCAUCCGCACCGACAGCAUCCGCACCGAGAGCAUCCCCACCGACAGAAUCCCACACCGACAGCACCCGCACCGACAGCAUCCCCACCGAGAGCAUCCGCACCGACAGCAUCCGCACCGAGAGCAUCCCGCACCGACAGCAUCCCCACCGACAGCAUCCUGAACCGACAGCAUCCCGCACCGACAGCAUCCCCACCGACAGCAUCCCCACCGACAGCAUCCUGAACCGACAGCAUCCCCACCGACAGCAUCCUGCACCGACAGCAUCCCCACCGACAGCAUCCGCACCGACAGCAUCCGCACCGACAGCAUCCCCACCGACAGCAUCCCCACCGACAGCAUCCGCACCGACAGCAUCCCGCACCGACAGCAUCCCCACCGACAGCAUCUCGCACCGACAGCACCCGCACCGACAGCAUCCCGCACCGACAGCAUCCCGCACCGACAGCAUCCGCACCGACAGCAUCCGCACCGACAGCAUCCUGAACCGACAGCAUCCCCACCGACAGCAUCCCGCACCGACAGCAUCUCCACCGACAGCAUCCGCACCGACAGCAUCCUGA